AUAUCGUAUCAUUAUUGCAUUUGACAGUCAAAACAACGUGGAUUUUCAAUCUAACCAUGCUCUGGACUGAGCCAAUAUAGUUCUAUUUUUUCUGUAAUUAGAGUGCAAAUCUAACAAGAUUCUUAGAGUCAUUCAAUUUAUUUAGGGAUAAAAGAUAUUUUCGGACAAAAUGGGGAAAACACGAAAACCAAGAUAUCGAGCAAAAAAAUCAAAUCCGGUUGGUAUACCUAGUUUGCGCGAUAUAAGUUUAAACGAGGAACUAAACGGCGAUGAACAUCCAGAAGGAGCAUUGGCUGCGAUUCGUGAUCAGCUGCAGUCGGGCAGCACAGAAGAAAAAAUGUGUGGUUUGCAAGCCAUGGCUUUCCUGUCUCUAAAUCAGAAAAAAGCACAGGCCAUGUGCGAAGGAGAUAUCAUUCGUAUAGCAAUUCCACUUUUGGUUGAUCCAAAUAAAAAUAUCCGCAAUGCGGUAACAGGGGCUCUUCGUAAUGUUUCUCUCUGUGACGUUGAUAUAUGCGAACUAUUGGUUGAACAAGAUAUUUUGACUCCAUUGUUAACACUCAUUAACGAAUAUACAAGUGCAGCUGAUUGGGUACCAGUUAUUGACAGAUCGGUUGCGCAUAUAGAUCAGCUUGAUAUUGCGGGUGACACAUUUUUGCAAGCCGUUAAUUUGGUGUGGAAUCUUUGCGAGAGUACAUCCGUUGCACUACAACAUUUUAAUCAAACCAAUAUUUUGGAAAGUUUUGUUAGAUUCCUAAAUUAUACUGUAUUUGGUAUUGACAUUUCUGUUGCGGUAGCCCAGUGUUUAUUGGUGAUUUCAGAAGAUAAUCCUGUUGCCUGGCGUGUUUUGAACAAUUUCGCCCAAGAUAUAGCUUUUUUGAUAACAAAUAUUGAGCGUACCGAACAAAAUGUUGUGCUACGUACGGUUGCCGCAGCUAUUUUAUCAAAUGUUCCGAGUCUAUCGACGACAUACAUAAAUCAGAUUUUUGAUAUACUAAAUCAAGCUCUUGAUAUAAAUCACAGAACGCUGUUGGGAAAAUUGACUAGCUCGAUUCCAUUGGAUCGGGAAAAAGAAGAAAAUUCUGUUGGUAUCGAAGUAGCAUCUGCAGAACGAAUGGAAGAAGAAACUGAAGAGCAGGCAACAAGAAGACGUCGUAAACAAGAUUUACCAACUGAACACGACAUUGAAAUUAAACAUGUUGCAUGGAUCCUUGAAGCUCAGCGUAUUGCAGCAGAAACUAUUACAAAUAUUUGCUCUUCCGAUGAUAAUGAUGGCAAUGCCUUAGACGAUGAUGAUUUAUCUGAUGCAGAAAGUGUUCAUGAUUACGACAAGGAUUCUUCAAACUCAAGUGGAUUGCAAGGUGACAAAUUGCCAAUUGAGAUCUUGGAACCAAUAAAAUCACUGGGAUUAGUUGAAAAAUUAUGGCAACUUGCGCAACCAAUUGCGGAAAAUGUUAACGAAUUACUCAAAGAAGCCGAAAACGGUUUAUUCAAAAAGGUCAAAACAUUACGCAUUUCAUCUUUACUAUGUCUGCAAAAUCUGUGUAAUGUGAUGUCUAUUGAGGAUUUGGGAGGUGCAUCGGCUGUUUAUAAUGUAUGGAUUGACUUAGGUCAACAAGUUUUCCAAAAUAGCCACGAUAUUGCAUUGGUCGAAGCAUCAACUGCCCUGAUGCGUGCUACGCUAGACCACUUGCGCACAAGUACAGAUCUGUUCAAACAAAUGACACAGAAUGAUUUAGAAAUGAUGCUCAAAGGUGCUGAAGUGUGUACUGAGCCUGAAAUUCGUGCUAAUUGGCUACGUAUGCUGGGUGUAUUAGGAUGCUUAUUGCCAGAAAAUUCAGUUAAAAUCAUUAUUGAAUGUUUGCUUCAGCAAUGUUUCAAAGAAACCGAUGUAUGGACACUGUCCGAGGCACUCGAUGCUUUAAUGGAUCUUUUUUCUGACAAUGAUUGGAACCAAAUCUCAUACGAGUUGAAUUUGGCACAGAAAACAAGAGAAUUAGAAAAAAUCUUGAAACAUAAAUUGCGCCAACAGAAACGUGAGCUUUCUGAACGAUAUCCAGCUGUUUGUACCGUUCGAACUAAUUUAACGCGUUUCGUGAAGUAUGUGGAAGCCGAACAGCGUAAAUACAAACCUUGAAAUUCUUGAAAUCGAUGUUGUUGUAUCAAAGGAGAUAAGUCAUUAAUACUUGUACACAUUUUCACACGACAUUUCGUGUAUUAUAUUCUAAUAUAAAAAAUUAUAUUUUGUUACGAAUAAAGAACAUCAAACAUUA